GGGUAUUAUUUGUGAGAUAUAAAAUAAGUCUUUGUUGCACAUAAUAAUUAACGGAGGUAGUACAAUUUUUAAAAGUGUUUUUUAGCAUUACCCUUAAAAAAAAAAAAAAAAAAAAAAAAAAAAAAACAAUAAAUUAAUUAAUUAAUUAAAUAAAAUAAAAUAAACCAAGAUUUGACAAGUUUCACCGGAGAAGCUUUUUCUAUGUUCGCUCAUCAAUUUCGAGGAUGUAUUGUAUGAAAGUUGCUGCAGCAUUUUAUAUGUGGAGUUCUGUUAUGAUAUUACUGGGGUUUCUUGCUCAAUUUACGUCGUACUCGAAAGAUGGGCAUACGGUUAUUAUGUUUGGUUAUGCCUUGUUGAUGGUGGUGUGUUUAUGGUUGCUCAAAAUCAAUGCCAAGGCUCCAUGUUACAAGGAACUUCGCGUUUACGAGUGGGCUGCUUUUGUGUGUGUGGUUUUUGGCUCAAUUCCUUCCUGUCUGGGCACAAUCAACAUCGAGGGACCUAAUAGAUUUGUUUGGGUCGGGGUUGGGGCCGGUGGGAGCCUGGUGAUGUUCGUCGGAGGUGCGGUGCUUUUGGCCAAAGAAAUCCGGAUCGAGCAGCUUGAAGGGAAGAUACUCCCGGUGAAUGAAGGCGAGCUGUAGUAGUUUUUUAAUUGGUUUUCUUAUAGAGUUUUAACAUUCUGAUUGCAUUUUUUUCGGGUUAUUAUAGCGUAUAAAGGUACUGUAACUGAAUUUUUUUCUAUCAUGGUUUGUAAAUAGGUAAUACAGUAGCAAGUUACUCGUAGGUAUUACGGCAUUUAUAUGUUGAGGCCGUUGGUGAAUUUCUAGUGAUAUGAUAAAUUUACUAAAAGACAAGCAUUUAAGUGCUAAAAUUGCACUUAUCACUCACACAAUGAAAAUUCUCUAAUUAUUAA